UCUUCCCGUUUUGACAACAGGUGAUGCGUCCCAACCCUGCUGAUGAGUACACCAUUACUGAGCUUAACCAAAUGAGUUGGUCCUUUGAUAGUACCCCACAUCUAACUUUCAGUUGCUGCCUAGCCACUUUGUUGGCACCCUUAAUCUGUGAGAAUUUUGUAUGAGAAGCUAGCUACUCCAGGUGGUUUCUAUGAUGAGUAUCGAAAUGGAAAAAAGUUGACAGGGAAACUGGUCACACCUUUUCUGAUGUGUAUAUGUUUCGUUCAACAUUCUUCAGUUGUUUUCUUGUUCAGAUUCUUGUAUCAGAUGGUUUGUAGGAAAUGGAAGUUGUUGCUAUCAUUGAUGUCUUGAGGUGCGCGAAAGCAAAUGUCGUCAUUGCUGUGCUGGGACGUGGUAGCAUUUACUAAAGUCAAGAUGGUGGUAGAUGCGCUUCUCGAUGAGGCUGAAAAGAAUUCAUAUUAUAUGAUUGUGUUGCAUGUGAGUGCUAACUUCUUCAAAUGCCGAAAGAAUAUAAAUUUCAAGCAAGUUGAAUUAAAACCAACAUGAGGAACUUCCUUUUAAUUCACAGAGUAGUGCUGAAGCAUUUGCAAGUGUAAAGAAAUUAGUGAAUUUGUUGGGAUUUGUUAAAGACGCAAGCGAAAUCAAACAAACCAUGUUAUGGAUCAAUUUGUGCCUCUCCUGCUCUGACGAGCAACAUGGUUUACUUGAGAUAGAUACAAAGCAAGAGAGAUAAAUCAUAUUGUUAGCUAAUACUAGAGACUCAUGAUGCAUAGGAUCGUCGUACCAACUAUUCCCUCGAGUGUCUCUGCCAGAUUGUAUUGUGGUGAUGGUUUAGUUAUGUUAUCUGUUAUUGAAAAUGGCGUAAUAAAUGUCACGAUCAUAGACUAAUAAGAUUACGUGAUGGGAAUUAAUUAGCAACUUAAAAGUUUGUCUUGACUAAGGAUCCUUUAUGACUUAAAAGUGACUCUCAAUUUGAACAUAUUCGGAAAAGAUUUUACUAAUAUAGUUGACAAUUCAUGUGAGUGCUAUUGCUUCUACAUAGUUGAAGAGACAAGGGUAAGCCUUUGCAAAUAUCCAUCUAGCAUGUCCCUUAUCAUCACGAAAGAUCCAACUCUGUCCUAAUUUAUCAGACCAUUAUGCAUCAACAUUGCAUAUAUGAGAAACAAAAUCCCAAACCCUGUCCAUUUUGAAAGGAAAUGGACGAAAUAACUGUGUACAGUUUUCAUUUUAGUUCUGUUACAGAAAUAAUUGAAUGAAUGUUUUCUCCAAAAUAAAAGGUUGACAAACUAAAAACAAGAGAGAUAAUUGACCGCGAGGGUGACGGGGGAGUGAACGCACUUACUGACAAACUGGUGGACUAGUAUAGUAGGUCGAAUGGUAGGAGUACAUUUUAUUUUUGGUCAACUGGUAGGAGUAGGAGUACAUAUUUGUGCAGUAUCAUUAUUUCAUGAAUAGGGCGUCCGCUUACGUUAUCAUACGAUCUUUAUAGAUAAAAUGAUGUCACAGAAUCGAAACAUACAAAACAAGUAGAGUAUUUAUAUUGAAAAAUCAGGACAUGGUCGGUGUCUCUAUGGAAAGUGGUUGGAAAUAAACUGAUAACAAAACAAGAAAAAUUAUAAUAGUCAUACCAAAAAAUAAUAAUGAUCAUAGCCUUAUAGGUAUGUCUGACGUUUUCUUAGUGCUCUUGUCACUCUUUUUUUAGUGGAUCACUGAUUUCGAACAUAACCAAGAAGCAACGUUUUGGUUUCACGUUCACCCACCCAAACCAAAGAUCGGUGUAUGACCACAUGUGAACUGAGAUGGCUUGCUUUUUGUGUCAGCAGAUGGCUUGCUCAAAGGUCUGCUUUUUGUAAAACCCUUCAUACCCCACUAACACUAAAACCUCUUCGGGACAUGUCUCACUCAUGGUAAAAUUAUCUACCUUGUGGUUGUAAACCACUCCCUCAGUUUUUCAAAAAUAAAUUGUUAUACAAAUAGUUAUUUUUAAAUAUAGAUUUUAAAAUUUUUCGGUAAAGAUUUAUCAGGUGAUAAUAAAUUGUAAACUUUAAAAAUAAUUGAAUUUACUAAAUUAUUUUAAAUAAUUAAUCACAAAAGUAUUUAUAAUCAAUUUUUUGUUUUAUUAAUAUGUGUUAAAAGGUUAAAAACUCUUAUUAUUAUGAUUUAUUUAUGUUUUUGAAAAAAAUACAAGUAUGAUGUAAUAUUUUCAACAAUGACAAAUAUGUAUAAAACUUCAUAAUUCAUCGGAAACAUACAAGUAUACAAUUCCAAUCACAGUCUAAAGACGAAAAUGCAUAAAAUAUACAAGUAUACAUACAGACACAGUUCAUAAAAAAUGAUUAUAACGUAAUUUUGAAAAACGAAAUAAAAGCAGAAAUGCGGCGACAGCUAUGAGAUGACAUAUCUUUCCAUGACCAAACACUCUCUUCUUCCUCAUCAUCCCAACACCUCAGUUUCCUAAAUAUGCUCAACAAUGGCUGAUGAAGAAUCUAACCACCACCAUUCAAUACAUUCUCCCUCGUCGCCGCAUCCUCUCGGAAUGAGACACCAAUCAGUGUUUUCAACCGCGGCAGAACACGGUGGCUGCGGCGAGAUCGUGGAGGUUGAAGGAGGUCACAUUGUCCGAUCAACAGGAAAAAAAGACAGACACAGCAAAGUCUGUACGGCCAAAGGACCACGUGACCGGCGCGUGAGGCUCUCAGCUCCAACGGCUAUUCAGUUCUACGAUGUUCAAGAUAGACUCGGUUUAGAUCGACCAAGCAAAGCUGUUGACUGGCUCAUCAUGAAAGCUAAAUCCGCCAUUGAUAACCUCGCCGAGCUUCCUCCGUGGAACCCCGCCGACACAAUCCGACAAGCUGCUGCAAACAAACCCAAAAGACCCAAAACCGUAAUUCCUCCGCCGGAGACGGGAAUCCACGGUGGUUCCGGAAAAGAAACAGAGCAUCAUCAUCAUCAGUCGAGUUUUCUCCCGGCGUCUCUUUCAACGCCGGAUUAUCAUCCGCCACCGUCGUCACGAGCCAAUGCACAAAGCCAAGAUCUUCGUCUCUCGCUUCACUCCUUCCAAAAUGGUCCUGCUUUCGCCGAUGAAACAGAGCAUGCUCUGUUCUCCGGCCAGAGCAAUCCGUUAGUGUUUGAUUCAUCGACGGCGAGCUGCGACCAGUCGCCGGAAUUUGGGAAAAUGCAGAGACUUGUGACGUGGAACAACGGCGGAGCAGCUGACUCCGCCGCAUUUGGUGGAGGAGGGUUUGUAUUUGCUUCUCCGGCGACAACGACGUCGUUUCAGCCACAAAGUCAGGUUUUUUCUCAGAGGGGUCCCCUUCAGUCCAUUAACACACCAAUGCCUCCUCGUGCUUGGUUUGAUCCUUACCAUGAUCAUCAUCAUAAUCAUCAUCACCAUCCUUACCAUAUUUCUCCGGCAAUUCACCAAUCAGCAAUACCAGCACGGUAUCUGAGUGAGGAAGAUGGUCACGGCGACAAGCCCUCGUCUGCUUCAUCUGAUUCUCGACAUUGAACGAGAUCCCAAACAUAAGAUUGCGCAACAAAAAUGGUUUCCAUUCAUCAAACUGUUAACGUUUCAGGGAGCUUUGUGUAAUAAGGAAUGUGUGUCUUGUUGUUGUGUUUUUGUGAUAUCGAAUGCUUAUGUGUGUUAUCAACAGUUUCAGGUUCUUGUUUCUUUCAUGUAACCGAGCCUAUAAUGAUUUGAAUCCAAUUUGGAUCAAUUAAACCAUUUUCUGUAAACUCUAUUGUGUUCUUCUAGUCACGCAUAGCUCACAUCUUGUGUUGUUGUAUCCUGUUUUUGUAGCGUAUACGUUCUUGUAUUAAAUAAAUUUGCAAAUUCUUAUACUC